AUGGCGUUGCAUGAGGCAGAAGCUCUUGAUCUCAAGAAUCAGGCAGAUAGGUUGAAAGAAGCGAUUUUGGCUAACGAAGAAGAAGAACCUGUCAAGCUUUUGCCACUGAUAAGGUUUGCUGAGUUGGUGAUGGAAAUGACAGAUGAUUUUGUUACUGGGGUUCUAUCCCCUAUCUACUUUGCUGGUUUUGGCUUAAAAAUCAACUAUUUAAUGAUUGUGACCCAGCCAAAAUGGCAUGUGAUGUUGCUCAUUAUGCUGCUGUUAUCCAUCCCUAAAGUUCUAAGCUCCUUAAUUACCACUUUCUUCUUUGGUAUGUCUGCUCGAGAUGGUAUAGGCAUUGGAUUGCUUCUCAACACUAAGGGCAUCAUGGCAUUGAUCCUGCUAAGCGUUGCCUGGGACAGAAAAAAGCUUGCCACGGAUAAUGGAAAACUGUACCUGUCUUUGCAGGUCACUGGGGAGUUACUAGAUAACUUGACAAGUUGGGAUGUAUUGCUAGCUGCAUUACCUGUUGGUAUAGUUAGUGGAGCACCAAAGGUGAAAGCCAUGGAGUUGAUUGAUCAGUUGGAAGUCACAAGACGUGGGCCAUAUAAUGGGGUAUUUGGAGGCAUCUCUUUUUCUGGUGAUAUGGACAUUGCCCUUGCUCUGAGUACCAUAGUUUUCCCAACUUAUACUCGUUUUUACACAAUGUACCCGUCUAAGGAUGUGAACAAACGUAGACAAUGGGUUGCCCAUCUCCAGGCUGGAGCAGGAAUCAUGGCUGACAGUGAUCCAGAUGAUGAGCAAAGAGAGUGUGAAAACAAAGUUGCAGACCUUGCCCCUGCCAUUGAUCUUGCAGAAGCCACAUUCUUUUUUUAAAUGAUUUGCAAAAUCUUUAUCUCAGCACUAGAUCUUGCUUUUGUAGACAAAGGAUAUUUAGUCAACUUUUGAAGGAUGGUCCUUGUUUGAUAUGUGCAAAGAAAAAUUUCAACCUCACGUACCUAAAUUCAU